UAAGAGCGCGCGGCGCGGCCACCCCGGUUUGCGUCGGCGUCUUCUGCGGCGUCCUCCGGUGUCCUCGGAGCCCUCGAAGCUCGGACCGGACCCCGAGAGUCAUGGAGAUGAAGGCCGUGUGCGUGCUGAAGGGCCAGGGCCCGGUGGAGGGCACCAUCCACUUCGUACAGAAGGAGGGCAAUGGGCCUGUUGUGGUAUCAGGAACCAUUACAGGAUUGACUGAAGGAGAGCAUGGAUUCCACGUCCAUCAGUUUGGAGAUAAUACACAAGGCUGUACCAGUGCAGGCCCUCACUUUAAUCCUCUAUCCAAAAAACAUGGUGGGCCAAAAGAUCAAGAGAGGCAUGUUGGAGACCUUGGCAACGUAACUGCUGGCAAGGACGGUGUGGCCAACGUGUCUAUGGAAGAUUUUCUGAUUGCGCUCUCAGGAGACCAUUCCAUCAUUGGCCGCACGAUGGUGGUCCACGAGAAACGAGAUGACUUGGGCAAAGGUGGAAAUGAAGAAAGUACGCAAACGGGAAACGCUGGGAGUCGUUUGGCUUGUGGUGUCAUUGGGAUCGCCAAGUAAAUAUUCCCUAGGAUGCGAUCUGAGUCCUAGUAACUCCUAUGUUAUCUUGCUAGUUGUAGAAAUUUAACUUGAUAAACAUUAAACACUGUAACUUUAAAAGUA